AGGUCAUAUAUUUCCUUUAAAUAUUCACUUGAUUCCAAAUUCAUGGUAGGUGGAAACACAAUACUUUAUUGUGAAAAUGAUGAUGCCAACACAGUUUGUAGUGACUAAAAUAUUAUUGUUUCUCGUUUGUUGAUAAUAAGUAUAAUAAUGUUAAAACAAAAUUUCAGAUUAACUUUAUCGUUUGAUCUGGUGUAUUAGUUAAUCCUGAGAUUAUUUUAUUCCACCUUUUGUAUACUUCUUCCGUCCAUGAUCAAUAUCAUCGAGCAACCAAACCAAGUUGACACUAAAACAAAUGGCAAAAGUACCGACUGUAGAUUUGAGUCCAUUUUUGAGAGAAGGAUAUGAAGAUGAAAAGAGAAAAACUGUGGAUACAAUUAGUAAAGCCUGUUGUGAGUAUGGUUUUUUCCAAAUUGUGAAUCAUGGUGUACCCCUUGAUCUCACUAGUCAAGCUGUAAAGGUGUCAAAGUCUUUCUUUGAAUCUCCAAAUGAAGCCAAACUCAAAUGUUCUCCACUGCCUAAUGUACCUGUUCCUGCAGGCUAUAACAAGAAGCCUAAUCCUUCUUAUGAGUUCAGUGAAUUCCUUAUUAUGCUUCCACCUGGUUCUGACUUCAAUAUCUUCCCAGACAAUCCUCCUGAGUUUCGAGAGGUGAUGGAAGAGUUAUUCUCCCAAUUCAUGAAGAUAAGUAUGGUUAUCGAAAGAAUCCUAAGUGAAUGUCUAGGGCUUCCUCCCCGUGUUCUUAAAGAAUUCAACAACGACAGAAGCUGGGAUUUCCUCAUUGCUAUGUUUUACUUGCCGGCAACAGAAAAAGAAAGGAUAGGGGCAAAUCCACAUAAAGAUCUCAGUUGCUUCACAAUUGUUUUACAAAAUGAAGUUGCAGGCCUGGAGGUUGAAAAGGACGGCGAAUGGAUCCUAAUAGCUCCACAACCAGGUGCCCUAGUUGUCAACAUUGGUGAUGCUCUUCAGGUCCUUACGAAUGAUAAAUUCAAGAGUCCACGCCAUAGAGUGGUGAGACCAAAUGGAAGAUCAAGGAAUUCAUUCGCGUUCUUCCACAAUUUAUCAGGGGAUAAGUGGAUUCAACCACUGCCUCAGUUCACAAAAGAGAUUGCAGAACCACCAAAAUACAGGCCAUUCUUGUAUAAAGAGUAUCUACAGAAAAGAAGAGAAAGCAAGUCUAAGCACAUUACCAGAAUCGAAGAUGAGAUUACCAUAUCGCAUUAUGCAAUCCCUGAAGAGUGAUUUUAGACAAUAAAAAAGGUAAUGGCUUGUAACUUGUAAGACACUAAGUCAUGAUCUCGCGAUUUUCACAAUAGACUUAUCUCCCCUGAUUUAAUUAAAAGGCACAUUGAAUCAAGAAUAUUGAGAUUUUUAAAUAGUAAACCCCUUGAUGGAAA